UGAUGCCUAUAUAAGAUGGUCUUUAUUAUAUAGGAUUUGAGAAGAUAAAAUAAAAUGGAUAUGAAGAAGAAUUGGUUGAGUACAAGCGUUACUAAUUCAAGAGAGAGCAUAAGGUUGGGUAGAAGCUAUACAAAACCACACUAUAGAAGCUAUUAUUCAUCAUCACCAAGUGGCAAUAAUAAUUGUGAAGGAAGCAACUCAAAGAGAGUUUGGAAGAUUAUUUGGAGUAAGCUAAAGAGGGACAAGAAGAAAGUUUAUGUUUCUCCGGCGGCCGCGACGGCGAGGGAUGGUGUUUAUGAUCCGGAAACUUACUCCAUGAAUUUCGAUCAUGGAAUGGGGUGGAUGGAACCCGACAACCUCCCCCGCUCGUUCUCGGCGAGGUAUGCCGAUCCUUCUAGGUUGAUCUUGCCGCCAAAAGAUUUGUUGACUUGAAUUUAAAAACCUAUCUAUGUAAAAAGCCAAUGUCUUCUUUCUUGUACACUUUUUGAUUCACUGUUACAUAUGAAAUAUUUAUAUGGUAUACUCUCUA